AGUCAGAAUGGAUGAAAUACAACUGUAGUUAUAUACAUACGUAACUUUCGAUUUAGCGGAUUAAGAUUAUGUUUUAAGAACUUUAUCGGAAGGGAUAUUAUGGAACACUUGCCAGAGGACAACUCAAGGUACAAAGAUGUUGACUAUUGGGAUGAGCGCUACAAGACAGAGCAGUGCUACGACUGGUUGGGUGACUUCUCAAAAUUUCAGCAUCUGAUGGGACAGCACAUUAAAAAAGAGGACUCCAUUCUUGUACUCGGAUGUGGGAACAGCAGCCUGAGUGGUGACAUGUAUAGUGCAGGAUAUCAUUCCAUCACCAACAUUGAUUAUUCUUCAGUGUGCAUCAGUGCCAUGAGCUCCAGGUACAGGGAGUGUCCUGGGAUGACUUGGCAGCAGAUGGACAUGUGCCAGCUCUCGUUCCAGGACGCCUCCUUUGACGUGGUGCUGGAGAAGGCCACGCUGGACGCCCUCAUGGUAGAGGAGAAGUCUCCCUGGAGCCUGUCCCAGCCGACCGCCACUUUCAUUCACCAAAGUCUGACCGAGAUCAGCCGCUGUCUGAAGCCUGGAGGACGCUUCAUCUCCAUCACUUUUGCCAACCCAUUUUUCCGGAAGCGUCUUUAUGCCCGUUCCGUGUACAACUGGUCCAUCCAAAACUACAGUUACGGCGAUGGUUUUGAGUACUUCAUGUAUGUGCUGACCAAAGGAGAGCCGCUCAGUGCUGAAGACGUAGCUCUGGAGAGAAAACUGAUGGAAGACCAAGCACCUCAUCCCCCCAGAUCCAGGGAAAAGGUGCCAGAGGAAGACUCCGAGGAAGACUUCUUGUCCACUAUAGACCUAUAAUCUGCUAUUGGCUUUGAUGGAUUAAAUGGGACUAGAAGUAACUGUUCUGCUUUGUAUUUUACAGUAAAUCAUUCUACUGUCAAUUGGAUAUCUAUUGUGAAAGUCACCAAUGCAGACAGUUUUUUAAAAUCCAGAGUAUUUAAAGGCACUGUACCUGAGUUUUGUCUUAAAACAUGUAAAAACAGACCUAGUUUAGACCUAUUUUGCAGCAGUACAAACAUAUUCCUCACGUUAUUAACAAAAGUGUAACAUUAUUAAGUGCACUGAGUAUAUAAGCGCCUUUCACAACUUUCAGAGACCAGAUUGGAAGUUGGGUAUUGUAGCAUUGCUAACAACACUUAGCAUGCUAACAGCACAAUAACAUUACUUCAGAAUUCGUGUGAAAGAGCUGCUAAAAAUCAGGUACAGCCCCUUAAAUUGUUUACAUACAUUAUUUUUUUGUUUUUACUUUACCUUUUGAGGUUAGGUGUUACCUUAUCUACCUCCUAGUGUACAGGGGAGUGUGUUUAUAUAGCAUUGAUUUACAGCCAAGUACUCAUCAUUUUUAUUUGGGCUUGGUACAAACACAAGUCCAAUUCACUGGAUAGCAAUUUUUAAUAUGCAUUAUCUAGAAAUGUGAUCAUUUUUAAGACAAAGCUAUUCCAAUUUAACGGUGCAUUGCUAUAUCUAUAUCUCCCUAGACCUGUGACAAUAAAUACUAUGUCAAGUUAUUGUUCAAUAUAUGAUAGAUGGAACAAUAUUUUUUGGGGUCAGUAUUUAUCACGGGUACUUUUUCUUUGCAGCACUUGGAAAUCUGUAGGUAUUUUUUGACCAUAUGAUCUUCUAGUACUAAACUGUUUCUUUCUGCUGUUUAUUUAUUGCAGCUUGUGUUUUUUAAUGAUAUUUUAGAUGUGUAAUUGUUUCUGUGGUCUAUAUUAUAUUGCUCAACUGUCUAAUAGGAGUCAUAGUAUCAUGUGCCAGCUACUUCAACCUAAAGGGGAUCCUCCCAUGUAACGACUCUGAGAUGCAGUACUUGUUGGGGUAACAUGAGCAGAUUUCUCACUACAGCUUAAAUAUAGACCCGAGAAGUAAGAGGCUGGUGUGCAGACAGGCAGGAAGACUAGUGACUGGAGGCGACCACAUUAAUAAAGAAGAAAUCAUUUAUUUUUAAUUCUCCACUGAGAUCUAAUUACUGCCUAUUUUAGGACACCAAAAAGGUGUGAUUUUUCAGAUGACUUUCUAAUUUCUUCGCCUAUGUCUAGUGCAAGAAAUACUUAAAUUCGUAGUUCCUCAUUGAUUCAUUCUGGUCAACGUUUUCUUUGUAUUUAUUUAAUAACAAUAUAAAGUUUGCUUUUAAUUUUGGAUGGCGUAGAUUUUUAUAGCUUUUUAUUGCCAGGCUCUGUGAGUGAACCCCCAACUCAAUAUCGCUACUAUUUGCCAGUUUCCAUAGUGAUCAAUGGUUAUACAACACAAAUACUGACUGGAAAUACUGACUGACAUGGCCAGACAAACUAAAUGUCUGAUACCUGUUUAGUCAGGGUUGAAAAAAAAUGUGUAAUAUGGACUUCCCACUGUAUCAUUUGAAUAAAGUUAUGACAUUCAUGUUUUGUCAGU